GCGGCCCAUCUUGCGCCCCGCUCUUCGCUUCUCCGUUCCGGUUGCACCGCGGGAGCGGGAUGGCGGCCGGUCCGAUCAGCGAACGGAACCAGGAUGCGACGGUGUACGUGGGAGGUCUGGACGAGAAGGUGAACGAGCCGCUGCUGUGGGAGCUGUUCCUGCAGGCGGGGCCGGUGGUCAACACCCACAUGCCCAAAGACCGGGUGACAGGACAGCACCAAGGGUAUGGCUUCGUGGAGUUCCUGAGUGAGGAGGACGCGGACUAUGCCAUCAAGAUCAUGAACAUGAUCAAGCUGUACGGGAAGCCCAUCCGGGUGAACAAGGCGUCAGCCCACAACAAGAACCUGGACGUGGGUGCCAACAUCUUCAUUGGGAACCUGGACCCCGAGAUCGACGAGAAGCUGUUGUACGACACCUUCAGCGCCUUCGGGGUCAUCCUGCAGACGCCCAAGAUCAUGCGGGACCCUGACACGGGCAACUCCAAGGGCUACGCCUUCAUCAACUUUGCCAGCUUCGACGCCUCGGACGCCGCCAUCGAGGCCAUGAACGGGCAGUACCUCUGCAACCGGCCCAUCACCGUCUCCUACGCCUUCAAGAAGGACUCCAAGGGCGAGAGGCACGGCUCGGCCGCCGAGAGGCUGCUGGCGGCCCAGAACCCCCUGUCCCAGGCCGACCGCCCCCACCAGCUCUUCGCCGACGCCCCCCCGCCUCAGGCCUCGCAGACCAGCGUGGUGUCGGGGCUGACGGCAGGGCUGCCCCCGCCAGGGAUGCCUCACCCGGGAUCGUUCCCCCCUCCAGUUCCCCCACCAGGGGCACUACCUCCAGGGAUGCCUCCAGCAAUGCCACCCCCAAUGCCUCCCAGCACGUCUGCGCCAGGACCGCCGGUUUCGGGACCUCCAGGGACCACCCCCCACCAUGUGGGACACCCCUUCCCCCCUGGGGCGAUGCCCCACCACGGGAUGCACCCAAUGCACGUAUCACACCAUGGACCCCACAGCAUUGGGCCCCUCCCUGGGGGCCCUGCACAGAACGCCCCCCACCGACCGCCGCCUCCCGGAAUGCAGCACCACAACCCCCCGCCCAUGGUCAUGCCUCCCCGCGGACCCCCAUUCGGACACCACAUGGGUCCCCCACCCCACGGGUUACGCGGACCGCCCCCUCCGAUGCCUCCGCCGGGUUUCAACGGGCCCCCUCGCCCGCCCCACUUUGGCUUCGCCCGCGGCCCCCUCUUGCCCCCCCGGGGAGGGGGCCGGAUCCCCAUGCCGCCCCGCGGACCACCCCGCGGACCCCUGCAGCCCCAGUAAGGUGGGUUGGGGGGAGGGGGUGAGGCAGAGGGAGGGGGUGAGGCAGACCCCCACCUUGCCAGCCCCUCCCCUGUGGGGCAGCCCCCCCCCCCCACCUCCAGGACAUCUCCAGGGGUCCCUCCCCCUGUAUUGGGACGGGUCAUGUUUUUGGGGUGAGUCCCCGGAAGCCCCUCCCACUGAAUCCCGGGAAUUGAAGUGGCACGUCGACCCUCGGGAGCCCUGGAAUCUUUUUGGGAAGUUUUUCCACGCCCCCCCUCUUCCCGCCGGAUCUCCGUGCUCCUGCUGACCUCGUCCCUUCCCACCCCCUCCAAAUGCUGAACCUCUUCCCGUCCCCUGCCAUCUCUUCCUCAUCCCCACGGGAUCAAGCUCCGGAGCGCGGGAGACACGGGAAGGAAGAGCGGAGCAGGAUCUUUUUCAUACACCAAUUUAGAAACUUCACAGCCUCAUUCCCUGAAUUUUUGUUUUUUUUCAAGAGAACUGAAAUGUUUUUAAUAAAAUGCCUUUAUCGGGUA